ACAACAACCCUAUUGACGAGUGCAAAUUAAAUAAAAUAAAGAAUUUUAAACAAGGCAAAAUAAUGUCGCAAGUUUAACAAUUAAUAAGAAAGCAAGAGCAAAAGAGCGCUGGAAGCAAUGGAAGCGACGGAAGACCAGCUGAUACUAGCCACGGGUGGCUAUGACCACACCAUUAAAGUGUGGCAGGCUCACACCGGCAACUGCAUAAAAACCAUGCGCUUUGUGGAGACAUCGCAAGUGAAUGCGCUGGAUCGCACGCCGGACAAGACACGGCUGGCUGCGUGUGGCUAUCAAUGCAUCCGACUUUACGAUCUGGAGUCGAAUUCGACGGGACCGGUAAUCAACUUUGACGGCGUGCAAAAGAAUGUGACGCGUCUGGGUUUUCAGGAGGAGGGCAAAUGGAUGUUUACCGCCGGCGAGGAUCAUCGUGUGCGCAUCUGGGACAUGAUCUCGACGCCGCAUUGUUCCCGUGUCUUUGACUGCCAGGCACCGGUCAAUGCCGCCUGUCUGCAUCCAAAUCAGGUGGAAAUUGCAAUGGGAUCACAGAAUGGUGGCGUCUAUCUGUGGGAUGUCAAGUCCGAGGAGCAUGAACAGCUGGUGCCCGAAAUGGACUCAUCCAUACAGGAUGUGGCCAUAUCUCCGGAUGGCAAAUAUAUGGCUGCUGCCAACAACAAGGGCAACUGUUACAUUUGGGAGCUGAGCAUCAAUACAAACCAGAAGCUGAGCGUCAUCCGUCCCAAGCUGAAGAUCGCAGCGCACACUCGCUCCAUACUCCGUUGCAAAUUCAGUCCCGAUUCGCGUCUGUUAGUGACCACGUCGGGUGAUGGCACCGCCUGCAUUUGGCGGACAGAGGACUUUAAGAAGUGGCGCGAUCUGUCCAUUGAGAACUAUUGGGUAUGGGAUGCCGCAUUCAGUGCCGAUUCCAAAUGGCUAUUCACAGCCUCCUCCGAUGGUGUGGCGCGCCUUUGGAAACUCUCUACCAAAGCAUUGGCACGGGACUAUACGGGCCACAGCAAGGCAAUUACGGCUCUAUCCUUCAAGGACGAGAUUGUCGCCGAUUAGCAUAGGAUUCUUAGGCUUAGCAAUUAGCUAUUAAUUUAUAUACAAUUAAACAAUUAGGUAAUGUCAUCAAGAUCAGCGGUGGUCAACCUACAACAACAUUCAGGAUCUUACAAUUGUGUUCAACGCCUCGACUUGAAGCACCUUAAUUGCUGUGAAUUUUGUAAGCUGCCCACCGCUGAUUUGCAUUAUCCGCACUGGCUGACCGAAAGUCCCACUAUAUUAUAUGAUUCAUUGGCCAAACAAUUGCUGAAUACCGAAAUUUCCUAGUCACCUACAAUUACACAAAUUGCCUACAGAAAAAACAAAGGAAAAAUUUAAGGAUUUUCUUUUUUGGCAGCACGUGUGCGGAUAUUGCGAAUGAUACCGAGGCAAGUUGCUCUGGACAUUUUGAGAGGCAGUUUUGGGAUCCGUGGAUCAAGGCAAAUAAUAAAAUAACAGAACUGAGCUGAGUUCUACCUCUAAAAAUGCGCAUAUUGCUUUUGUAGCGACAUUUUUCAUACAUUUUUAUAAUAAUAUAUUAUAUUGCUGAUAUAUAUAAUUAUAUAUAUAUAUAUAUAUAUGUGUGUGUUUGUGGAUACAUGAGGAAAUGCGAUUUAAUAAAACCUUAUAGGCAUAUAAUAAACA